AUCUGGGACGACAGCGGGCACCGAGUCAUCUGGCACGACAGCGGGCUCAGGGGCAUGAGGCUGGACCAUGGGCACCAGGGCACCAGGCUGGACCAUGGGCACCGGGGCGCCAAGCUGGACCACGGGCACCGGGUCAUCAGGCUGGAUUGGGUCAUCAGGCUGGAUCACGAACACCGGGUCAUCAGGCUGGAUCAGGCUGGGUAGGAUCAUCAGGCUGGGUAACAGAAGGUGGUUUCUCAGAUGGCAG